ACAGCAUGCCUCCACUGCUGCCCCUUUGAUUAGGUGUCUCAUCUUCCACCGGGCUGCGUCCGAUGAGAGCCGGCAGCACAGUGAUGGCUGGGAAACUGACAGAGAGGUCCAUUAAAUGGCAGCUUUGUUAUGACAUGUCAGCCAGGACGUGGUGGAUGGAUGAAUUUCAUCCCUUCAUCGAGGCACUUCUCCCUCACGUCCGUGCCAUUGCCUACACGUGGUUCAACCUCCAGGCCAGAAAACGCAAGUACUUCAAGAAGCACGAGAAGCGGAUGUCCAAGGAUGAGGAGCGCGCGGUGAAGGACGAGCUUCUGAGCGAGAAGCCCGAGGUUAAGCAAAAAUGGGCCUCCAGGCUGCUGGCCAAGCUGCGUAAGGACAUUCGGCAGGAGUACCGGGAGGACUUUGUCCUCAGCGUGACGGGCAAGAAGCACCCGUGCUGUGUGCUAUCCAACCCGGACCAGAAGGGCAAGAUCCGCCGGAUCGACUGUUUGCGGCAGGCUGACAAAGUUUGGCGUCUGGACCUGGUGAUGGUCAUCCUCUUCAAAGGCAUCCCCCUGGAAAGUACAGAUGGGGAACGCCUUGUCAAGUCUCCACAUUGCACCAACCCAGCACUUUGUGUCCAGCCACACCACAUAACAGUAUCGGUCAAGGAGCUGGACUUGUUUCUAGCAUACUAUGUCCAGGACCAAGACUCGCAGCAGUCAGGAAGUCCCAGUAACAAUGAGCCAGGCAAGAACCCUCUUCCAGUCUACUUGGAAGACAGCUUCAUCAAAUCAGGAGUCUUCAGUGUUACGGAACUGGUGCGGGUGUCCAGAAUGCCCAUCACCCACGGUGCAGCGGUAAACUUCUCCAUGGCCGACAUGCCCAGCCAACCCUACUAUCACGACCUGAACUCCAGCGUGGGGCUGCAUCGCUCCUUGUCCUCCCCACCCGGCAGCAAAAGGCCCAAAACCGUCAGCAUGGACGAGAACAUGGACACCAGCCCAACAGGACCUGACUUCUACUCGUCACCCAGCUCACCGGCCAGCAGUCGGGCAAACUGGCACGAUAGAGAAGGAGCAGACAUGUCCUCUCCUACUAUGAAGAAGCCAGAGAAGCCGCUGUUCAGCCCCACCUCCCCGCAGGACUCCUCGCCUCGACUCAGCACUUUCCCUCAGCCUCAUCACCCAGGCCUAACAGGUGUAGGACACAGUGUUAUAUCGACGAGGAGCCCCCCUCCGCACUCACCCCUUCAGUUCUCGGCCUCGGCUAUCUUGCCCCCGGCGCCAUCACCCUACUUCUCGCACACCACCAUCCGCUACCCUCCCCACCUCAACCCUGCUGAUUCCCUCAAGAGCUACGUGCCGUCAUAUGACCCGUCCAGCCCACAGAGCAGCCAGCCUAACAGCAGUGGUCAGGUGGGAAAGGUCCCAGGCCACUUCACCCCAGUUCUGGCUCCCUCCCCACACCAUGGCGCUGUGCGGCCUGUCUCGCUCUCUAUGCCCGACACUAAGCCCAUCACCACAUCCACAGAAGGUUACUCAGCUCCCGGCACCCCGACGGCUAACCGUUUCGUAGGCCUGAGCCCGAGAGAUCCCGCCUUCCUCCACCAGCAACAGAGGAAGUGUGACUGGAGCGUGACUCAAAACGGCAGGCAUUAUGGCCCCAGUGCCACUGACGACACUUUUGGGAUUACUUGGCAAAGUCCUGGUACCUGGGCGAGCUUAGUUCCAUUCCAAGUGUCGAACGGGACUCCGAUUCUGCCAACAAAUGUCCACCAGAACUACAGCAUAAACAUCAUUGGUGAGCCCCUGGUCCCCGCUGAGACAGGGAACUGAACACACAGAGGCCGGAUGACCCCCAGGGUGGAUGGGUGCUGGUGGUGCAGAGCUAGCACUACAGGUGUCCGCAGCCAUGGAUGAAACCAGCAAAGCAGCAUGAGCUGCACAAUCGUCCCCCCCUCCCCACCUCUCCCAGUCACGCCCCUCCCAUGUCCCUCCCCACUCCCAUCCCUCCCCAUGAAGGACACUGGCCGUGAAGUGAAGACGAGGGUUGGUUCAGAGGAAAGAAAAAAGAGAAAAAGCUUCAGGUCUGCUGUCUCCUCGCCCACACAUCCACCACCCACCAGUCAGUUGUUGUGUUUGCAGAACUUUUCAAUCCAUUCAAAUACUGUGAUGUAUAGAUGCCUUAAUGUUUUAUUGCAUGACACUCUAGUCUCUUAGCGGCAAUUCCUACUAUUUUUCCAUGUUGGGGGAAGAUGUAAAAUCUUGAUUUACACACACACACACAAGUGAAGAGGUCUGCGUAUCGACAACCUCUGCCUGGUGGAUGGCUCCGAGACUCGAAGCUCUCCGACUCAGACCUCUUUAAAAGAGGCUUUCCCACGUCAAACGAUUCACUGUGUACACCAUAGGAACAAAAAAAUUGUGAAUUCAGAGUGUUUCUUCUUCCGUUUGAUUUCAGUUUACUGUGAUACGACUCUUUGUUCAGAAAAUGUGUUGACUUUGCUUAUUCUUUACUGCUACUCACUUCAAUAAUUAACGUGAACACUUACGGUAAGAGUUGAGAACUCUUCAUGCGGUUUUCAAAAAACACUAAAUGUUAGGCUUGAGAUUGGACCCCUCAUUAAAGAAUUUGCAACUCCUUUACAAAAGGAUAUAGAAAAAGACGGAGAAUAAGAAAAUCUCGAUAGAGGCAAGUGCAAUUGAAUUUUUGAAGGGAAGCUAUCAGUCUGUCAGCCCUAAGACUCUAAAGGAAGGGGGAUAAAUAUUAAAUGGUUUUAUGGGUAAAAUGUUUAAGAAAACAUUUGAAUUUGAUUUCAGUCACAUAUCCGUCUCCUCACAUAAGAAAAACAUCAAGCUUGAAAGGCAGUUGAAGGCAAGCACUAAGCUAACUGUGCAGCGCUGAGCAAAACCAGCACUUCUUUUGAGCCCUUCCCAUCAUUAUGGGGAGUUCUUUGUUAUUUAUUUUGGAGAAAGAAAAAUAACCGAACAUAAGCAUAGAAAUGAAACGCACAUAGUGUGUAAAAAUGGAAUUUAUUUCAUUUUGUAAGAUCGAGAGCAUAUGCAUUUGGCCAUCAGCUUCUAAAGCUUAUGUUUAAAAAAAAAGAAAUAUGGAAUGCAAAGUGUUAAUUCAUGGAAAUGUACAAUUCAUGCAAAUGUACAGUAGGCUUAUGUGUAAAGCUAGUUUGUGCAAGGUUAACUCUACAGUGGAAGAGGUUGAAAACUGAAAUUAUAAAUCCAGGUGGUGGCAAGUCCCUGAAAUCUAGAAUUGUGCACGGCAUGUUCACAGCCAUUGCCUCUCUAGUCCAGACAUAUUUAUACAAGGAAAAUCUCUCCAAUACUCUUAAUUUGCACGAUGACAUAUAGUCCACAUUACGUGCCUUGCCUUUGAAUAUAGAGACAUCACUACACUUGUUUUUGCUGCAUUUAUCAUUAUAGAAAAAAAUUAACAUUUUUAUGAUAAGAAUUGUUUUGUACUCUGAAUGAAAUUGUUGAUUUUUAACUUCAUGUACUACUCUAUCUCACAGUUACAUUGCAUAUCAAGGCUGUGUAUAGUUGCCGUUUUAAAGUUUGUAAUCAACCAGCAUUUUUCUUUUCUUUUUUUUUCCCAGUAUUUUGGUGGUUUUUCUAAUAACCUGUCAUCUUUUGUUUUCCUUAUUUUUCAAUGCUCAUUUUCUUCAUCUUCCAGUUACUACUGUGGAGGGUGGAAUUCAGAAUUAUGAAAAUUAUGCAAUACCAAGUUUUGCCUAUGUAGGUAGUGCUUAUAGAUGCGUCAAAUAUUAGAGGCUAGUUUGGAGAUAGACAAUAUUGUAAUGCAUUUAUUUUGUUGAUAUCGUUGUUUGUCGUUGUUGUUGUUGAUGAUGUUGUUGUUGUUGUGGGUGUUUUCCUUUUUUAUUGACCAAAGUGGGGACUGCUUUCUAUGCAGUGUAUGACAAGGUCUUUUUUUUUCUUUCUUUAGCAUAUAGGCCUACCGAAUUACGGUGAGACGUGUUCCAGUGUAUUUUGAAUUCGGGAGUUUUAGGGGGAGGGGCGGUAUUUUUCUAGAAGUACUUAUAAAAAAAUGCACCCUUGGUCUUACUACGGCUGCAAAGUCACUGAUUGGUCUACUGUGACUCUUACUUUCAACUUUCCACCUGGGGUGCUAGCAUGUGACCUUGAAGGAGCUCAUUUUUCACAGGAGAGACGGCUUGACUUGAGUAUGACAAUCAUUUUAAGAAAUCAUUUUGCGUAGAAUCCCAUUCUGUCGUAGAUCCCUUAAAGCUGCAACUGAAGAUGGAUAGCGUUGCAGGCUUUUGUUGAAUACUACGCCGUACUAUUUUAGACGUCACCGAAUGCAAUUCCCAAGUAGAUGCCUUAAACACAUCAGUGAAGUGGCCUGUGACCUGCGCAACAAUCACACACCGACUAAUGCUAGUGAGACCUGUCCAAAUCAGUUGCAGACAGGCUCAAGCAAGCCUUUAGAAAGUAUUUUAUAAGUAGUAGAUUUGUAUAAAUGUAUAUACGAUAUGCACAUAUGUCAAUUCCUGAGACACUUCCCCAGCAGAGCCCCGUAGAGAAUGUUGAAAUAAAUACUGGACCGCAGAAGCAUGGUGUUCUCCUGUCCAGUGGCCCAGUAGAAGCUUAAAUAGAAUCCAUUAGAAGAAAAAUAUAGCACUUAAAUAGCACAUAGGCAAUCGUCUUCUCCCCCAUACAGUGUUUUGAACCUAGUCUUAAACUAAAUCUCUCAGGCGUAUUACAGGGCAUUAUUUAUAUCAAUCACUCUCUUACCAUUUUUAACAUAAAAAAAAUAAAUAAAUAACUUUUCUCACAGAGAGAGCAGCGCCUCCAUUGCUGCUAUGACACCUUUUGCACUCUUUCCCUACAAUCGUGAAAGAAAUGUUUCCCUCAGAGAGACGGUACUAGCGGGAGCUCUCCGGCGUUAAGAGGGCUUAAGAAGCAGAAAAUGUUUUUUUUUUGUUUUGUUUUGGUUUUUUUUAGGGAAAAAUCAAUCCUCAAGUCAAGCUCAAUCUCUCCGUUCUUCACCCAGAUUUUUC